AUGUCGUCGGUCGGGUUCAGCACGGUUCUGGUGAACAAACAAGAACUCGCCAACUACAGCAUCAACUACUCAGACUCCAUCGGCAACGACUCCGACGUCAGCUCCAACUUCUACAACCUCAGCUCUCAGGAGCUGCCGUCUGCUACAGCCCUGCACAUCGGCGCCAUCGUUAUGCUUAUCGCUCUUCUCUGGGGACUCUUCGGCAACAUCUUGACUUCCUUCGUCAUCUUAACCAAUCGGGAUCUUAAAAACACGACAAACGUCUUCAUUGUUAGUCUCUGUAUUAACGAUAUUCUAAACCUCGGCAUCAACAACAUGAUUGUUUUAAUCUCGUAUUUUAUGAUGAAGUGGACAAUGGGACUGGCUAUUUGCGAGAUGGUCAUGCACUUCACUGUCCUGCUAAUGGGGUCAUCUCUUUGGCAUACAGGCCUAAUUUCCAUUCAUCGCCUUAUCGUCGUUUGCUUCAACAAUUUUUAUAAGAAAAUUUCUAAAAAAGCCUACACGAUAUUCGUGCUGUCGUUCGCUAGAAUCGUUCCUCUCCUGUUUAUGAUCACGCCACAUUUAGGAAGCAUGUCACAGUUCCAGCCCAAGUUAAUCCGCUGCCUGGCGCGGAAGGAGUUCAGUCUCUACACCAUGCUGGUCAGCGUGACCUUGAUGAUGCUCCCGUCUAUCAUCCUCAUCGUCUGCUACAUCGCCAUCUUCGUCAAGGUCUUCAGGUCCUCCAGCGCAAUCCGGGCUACCCGGAAACGGGAAUGGCUCCGGAGAGAAAUCCAGGUCACCAAGAUGUUCGGGAUGGUCUUUCUUCUCAUCAUCCUGGGUUACCUCCCCUACGGCAUCGUCCGAUUCAUUGACCGGAAGUUAGAACUCAGCGCUGAUUUCUACGUCGGGAUUUCCGUCUUGUACGCCGUAGCCAACAGCUGUAAUCCGAUAAUCUACGGGGUAAUGGACCGGAAAAUCCGGCGUUACUGUUUCAGGGCGCUGGGUCUGGAAGAGACCUGCAUGAAAAACGACCAGCAGUUGAAUAAGAAAAUCAGCCUGAAGACCAACGGAGAAACAGAGGUGACGGAAACGGUUGCUAUAACGACGCCGGCGAAAUCGGUGGCGCCCACGUCGACGACGCCCCCGCCGUGUCAAGUUUGACUACGCUCGGGGGAGAACUUUGAAAACACCGCCGCCACCCUAAACACCGCCACCCCUAACACCCUUAAAAGUGGCAGUGAUGGGAUAAACAAUGGGUUUCUGUGUGUGGACGCCGCGGUUUACAACCAUGUUGAA